UUAACGAAACGUCAAACAGUAACGGUCAUUAGAUAAAAACAAACGGAUGUAAGAAAUUUAAAUAAAACUGAACUAAAAAAAAGUAUAUAAUAAUAGAAAAAUACAAAAGUUUUUAUAAUAAAAAAAAUAAUAAUAAAGAUAUUUACAAAUAAUACGAAUGAAAAUAAAGCUAAUUGAAAAGUGUUGAAAAGUUUCAAAGAAAUCAAAUAAAUAGUGAUCUUACAUUCAAAAUCUAAUUAAAAAAAAACCAAAUACAAAUUUCAGCAAACAAAUGAAAACCCAAAUACAAAAUUACUGAUUGUUCUAAAACUCUUAAAGUAAACACAAAGUAUUUUACACACAACCAACAUGGGUCAUUUAUCAACCUCGGAUCGUGUCAGUACAACCAGUUGUGCCGAAACUACACAUACCACCAACGACAACACAGCCUUAAAACAGCGUUUGACAAAUGGCAAAGUGACAGCCAAAAAUGGUUUUCCCACCGCCAAUGGUCAACCCUUGGUCUCAGCCGCCGAUGGAGAAGUGAAAAUUAUACAGAAUAAAUAUCAUGUCAAUUUGGAGGAAUACACACGCAAAUUUAAGGGCGAUAAAGUGUUUGGUAUUCAGUUCAAAGCGCCCCUUAAAUGGCACAAUGUCAUAAUGAUCUCUGCGGCUCAUAUUUUCUUUUUGGUUUGUCUCGCACUAUAUCCAUUGGAGAAAUUGAAAAUACUUACAGUAAUAUGGGCACUCUUUAUGGGUGGCGUGGCUGGUUUUGGUGUCACAGGCGGUGCCCAUCGUUUCUGGACUCAUCGAUCCUUUAAAGCCAAUUUACCAUUACGUAGUAUAUUAAUGAUAUGCUUUUCAGCAGCUGGUCAGAAUUCUUUAUACGAUUGGGUACGUGAUCAUCGUGUCCAUCAUAAAUAUUCGGAAACUGAUGCUGAUCCUCACAACUCGAAUCGUGGCUUCUUUUUCUCUCAUGUCGGCUGGUUAAUGAUGCACAAACAUCCCGAGGUAUUGCGUCGUGGUCGUCAAAUCGAUAUGGGUGAUAUAUUGGCUGAUCCUGUUAUACGUUUCCAUGAGAAAUAUUUCAUUCCUUUGAAACUGAUCUUCUGUUUCAUUUUGCCCACCGCUAUACCCAUUUAUUUCUGGAAUGAAGAAUUCCAUUUGGCUUUUAUGACUCAGUGUGUAUUCCGUUAUAUUUCCUCAUUGAAUUUCACCUGGUCGGUUAACAGUGCUGCUCAUAUGUGGGGUACACGUCCAUUCGAUAAGCGCAUUAACCCUAGUGAAAAUGUCUAUGUAUCGAUCAUUGCCAUGGGUGAAGGUUGGCACAACUAUCAUCAUGUCUUCCCCUGGGAUUACAAAGCAGCUGAAUUGGGCCAAUAUCUUUUCAAUUUCACAACCAUGGUUCUUGAUGCUUUCGCCAAAAUCGGUUGGGCCUGGGACAUGAAACAGCCUUCUAAGGAUUUGGUGAAACGUACUUUGGAAAAAUACGGUGAUGGUACCCAUCCUUCUGUGCAAGAUAUGCACUUAACACAUGAAGGUCACAUGAACUGUCACAUUCCCGAAGUUCCUGAUCCUGAAACUGAGUCCUUGCACGAUGAAGAUGAAGCAGAAUCUUCCUCCACCGAAAGCACAAAACUCGAUGAAAAUGAAAAUAUGUCGAAAAAAUCGAUGUUAGCUUAGGUUCAAGUAGGUGUCACAGGACUCAAAAAUAUAAAAAAAAACAAAUUGUCAUGGGAGGUUGUUCAUUUAAUUUUUAUACAAAAGUCAUAUUUUUUAAAAUUUAUUUAAAAAUCAGGGGGUUAUACUUUAUUAUUAAUAAUUUAAUGUAGUUUUUAAGGCCAAUUUUUAUUUUUUUUGUUUAUUUUAUUUUUUAUUGAAACAAAAAACAAGAAUUCACAAAAAAGAGAACAAAUUUAAAACAAAAAUGUACGUUUUGUUUAAAUUUUUUUAUUCACAAGUACUAAGCGCAAUUUAAACUGUAGUAAUUGUAACUUUUUUAUAGUUUUGUUUUUGUAAGUUUUAGUUAUAGUUAAACAAAAUUGAAAGAUAAAAAAAAAAACAAAGAAAAAACAUUAUAUUUUUAAGUUUAAAUACAAAUCAAAAUCACCGGGA